AUGGUUGAUAGUCCUAUAUUGCCUAGAGAAGGAAUGAGUGCAUUUGGAAGUAUGGAUGGAUUAUAUAAUGGGCGACGAUUAUUUACUGCUCCAAAUAAUGGUGCAGUAUUGGUUUCAGGUGAUUAUCUUCAGUCACCUUCAGUGACUAAGCAAAACGCUAAUAUCUUACCGUUUUCUACUGAAAAUUUUGAAAAUUUUCAAAAUCAACAUCCAUCUUUUGCACGGAAAGCCAGUAAUUCUUCGACCAAUAAUAAUAGCAAUGCCAAUUGUACUAUUGAAAAUUCGCCAUACGUCCAUCAAGUUCCGAUUCGCAUUGUACCUGAAAUAUGUCGCAAUUAUCAGAAAACUUUGCCACAUUUAGUUCCUUAUUCUAUUAAUAUUCCUAUCGUAAAACACGAAAGUAUUUCGCGUUCUUCACAUAAAGCUUCAAUAGAAAUUCAUUCAAAGAACGAAGGAGAAAUAACGAAUACAUGUAAUUUUAACGCCAGUCCUUCUGUUGUGGAACCAACAGUAUGUACUCAAAAUCCAGUUGCUCAUUCCAACGACUAUUCAAAAAUUGAUCCAUCGAAACAUUCAAUUAGUAAUGAAACAGUUUCUUUAUCGCAGCUCAUAAAUUCUGUAUCAACAGGUGAUCGUGUUGUUUGGUUUGAUGCGUCUAAUAUACCCAGGCGAGGAACUGUCAGAUGGAUUGGUCAUCUUCAUGGUCAUUCAAAUAUAUAUGUCGGAGUCGAUUUUGAUGAAGCAGUUGGUGGAGGAACCGGCCGCUAUGAAGGUGUUCAGCUAUUUCGAACUGCGUUAAAUCAUGCUGGUUUUUUGCCCUUAUUAGUUUGUAUAAAAGAAUCGGAUUUGGAUGAUGGCUCACAAGGUCAGUCUUUUCGGCCCAUGAUAUCGCAAAGUUUUAGCGAUACAUUAAUAUCACAAUCGAAUUCAUUGAAUCGUGAUGUCAAUGCUAAUGAAAAAUUGUUGCAGUCGCCAUUCACAGUUGGUUCGUGCGUGGAAGUCGAUUUUCGUGGGGAAAAACGAUUCGGCGUCGUGAAAUGGAUUGGUCGUUCAUCAGAUGAAGAUUGCGCAGUCGAUGAGAAGAUCGCUGCCGUUGAAGUAGAAAAUGAUCUGCCUCUUGAUUGGCAAUCUGUUUCUUCUAAUCAACAAAUACUAUUCACAACUUCUAAUGAGUUUCAUCAACUGAACGAUAUCAUUGUUAUGGUCCCUAUAAGUGCACUUCGCCCAGACAAUCGUUUUGCCACGCCAAUUAUUGGUGAAGCUGCAGAUGGUCUUGGAGAAACAGCAGGAAAAUUUUUUUUAUCACCUACUCGAAUGAUUGAAAAUUUGGUUGGCCGAAUGAAAGGAAUUCAGGGAUAUAGAAAUAGUUGUUAUUUGGACGCAACUCUUUACGCUAUGUUUGUUCAGUGUAAUGCAUUUGAUAGUUUGUUGGAAAAAAGCGAAGCGAUUCGUAACGAUGAGCUGAGAUGUGAGCUUGUACGGAUUUUAUCAACUGAAAUCGUCUAUCCUUUGAGACGAUUCCAUUUUGUCCGCGCCGAUCAUGUUCUUAAUCUGCGUCAACUUCUUGAGCGUUUAUUGCCAGAAAUGCGAGGAUUAACAAGUGAUGAAAAAGAUCCUGAGGAAUUCCUUGCUGCUUUGUUUAAAAAGCUUCUAUUUGUGAAGCCUUUUCUAAUUAUGAGGAAUUUGGCAGAUGGCAAAACGGAUUUGGCACAUAUAUGUCCGUUAAUCACAGAAGAUUUAUGGAGCUGUGAACAGCGUUACAUAAUCAGUGUUCAGUCGUUGCUUGAACGUUCUCUAUUCGCAUCCAACAUACAGUUUGCUAAAGACCCUAAAAUUUUAAUCUUACAAUUACCACGAUAUGGUCAACAAAAAGUUUUCGAUAAAAUCAUUCCACAGCAAGAACUUGACAUCACUCAUCUUGUUUAUGAUCAACGACGACCUUGUGCGACAUGUGGAAAAUUGGCAGAUUUGAUGUGUCCAGAAUGUUUUCUCACGAAGGAAGUCCUACUUAGUGAGGUAACGUACUGUGGGUUGUGCUAUGAAAAGGCUCAUGUCGGUUAUGACCAUCGUUCACAGUUGUUAGAUUCUCUUUCUGAACGUGGUGGUUUAUUAUCAUUAACGGAACAUGCUUUAUCGCUUACUCGACGCUCACAAAUUGCUCAACGCAAAUUACAGUUAUCUGCAGUUUUAUGUAUUGAAACUUCCCACUAUGUUUCAUUUGUUCGAUCACCUUCUAAUAAGUGGUUUUUAUUUGAUUCAAUGGCUGAUCGUGUCGGUCUUUCUGAUGGAUACAACAUACCACAGGUGAAACAGUGUGAUAAAAUUUCAUCAUGGCUAUGCGAAUCAGGUUGGCCCAAAUUGCAGUCAUUCGUUUCAAGAGAACGACAUUUGCCAAGUGAAGUCGAAAAUGAUCCUAGUUUGCUGAGACUUUUAAGCGAUUGCUAUAUAUGUAUUUAUAUAAGUGAUGAAAAAAAAAAUGAUGGUAUGAAUUUAUCUAAAUUUUUCGCUUAA